AUGGAUGCUUCUGGGUACUCUAACAGCCCCGUCGUCAUGUUGUCGGAAUCGGCAUCAAUGCAGAUGACCGUGUUCAGGCGCGCAGACGGCACGCUCAUAGGGCGAUCCCGGGGUACCAUUUCCGUAGCGCCGCCCUACAUACCUGUAGAGGAGUUUCUACAACACUGGCGUGCAAUAUUUACAAACACGACCGUCUUUCAACAGCGCAGCGCCAUCAAUCCCUGGUUGGAUGAUGUAUAUUAUGAGGUCACCGAAUGCGAUACAAAGGAUUGUACCAUCAAUAAUAUGGAGGCUAUUCUAUACAACGCUACAUUUAGGGACUACUUCGAUGAUUUAUACACAUUGUACGCCAUAGCAGGCGCGCACUUAAUCGUGAAAGCAGCUAGGAAUCAGCCUGCGAGCCUGCUCAGUGUGCCCGCGAUUUCACUAUCUGCCGAAAUGGAAAUAGACGAUGACAACAAAAAGUACGAGUUGUACAACUUGCAAGCCGGGGAAACGCUUGUUAAGGUCGGUGACUUCACCAGCGAUCGGCUAAUUUUAGAUACAAGUCUCAUCCGUGACUACAACUGGGAUAUCGAGUUAAUGUGGCCGCAGCUACGUAAGGCAGUUUAUCCCUCUGGUCACGAUUGUGAUGAGUGUUACUCUAUUUCCAAUCUUCAAGAACGCUAUAUUGUCGACGAAAGGGACGCGUAUAUUGUCGGAAUUAAUCCCAUUUUAAAAUCAGACGGAGAAACCGGGUGUGGUGAGAUUUCUACGACAAACACUUAUGCUGUUGCUGAUGCGAUUCGGUUUGCAGCCAACCAGAUCAAUAAGAGCAAUUUGUACUUUUCACAUUUAAACAUCGGUGUAAUUGUGUUGUGUACGUGCAAUAACCCUAUAGUGGUGCAAAGAAAGAUUUACGAAUUGGUCAAAGAAGGUGUGAUGUUACGAGAUGGAACAAGACUAAACGUAAAGGACAAAAUCAUUGGAUUUAUUGGUGAUGUUGGAAGUACCAUCAGUAUUUCCGUUGCCGAGGUUCUUUCCCGUCUCAAAUACGUACAAAUCAGUUACGCAUCAACUAGUCCCGCCCUCAGUGACAGAAGCAAAUAUCUAUAUUUUAUGCGUACAGUAACACCUGACGACGCUCAAGCUAAGGCAAUGGUCGCUUUGCUACACGAUCUCGGAGCGGACUAUAUACAAGUCAUUUUCAGCGCGGGAGCCGCGACGACUGUCAUAGUUUUCUUACGAUCUCACAUGGUGCAGCCUCUGAUGGUCGAACUGCAGAAGAGAGUGAAACCGGGCGAAUUUAUGUUUAUUGGCUCCGAAGCGUGGUCAAAGAAUACCCAGAUACUAGACGAAGAUGAUAAACAAAUCAUGCUUGGGUCUUUUACUCUUGUUCUUGAAAUCAAUCCCGCCAGUCUGCUUGUGGAACACACGAAAAGUUUUGACCCAAAGCCACUUGACGAAAACCCCUGGGUCACGUUAUAUUUACAAGAGAAACUUGGCUGCUAUUUUAACACAAGUUUUAGAAAGACCUACGCAAAUGUAUGCGCUUUGGCUGAUCCACUGAACAAACCAAAUUUUGUUCUGGAUACUUGGUCUACCUCAGCGUUUGUAGCAACUCGUGCAAUGCUCAUGGGAGGUCACCAACACCAUAUUAACACCUGUGGCACUGAGUCUACGUCAUUGUGUCCGCAGUUUAGUAGUCCCCGAGAGAUAGACAACCUUGUCCAGCAAAUCCGGUCUGUCGAGCUUGACCUUGAGGGUAAGGGUGAUGACGUCAAAGUUUUCACUACGAAUGGGGACGGCAACGUCGGGUACCGUAUCUACAACGUCAUUCAAGAUGCAGGAGACAGGUCAAGAUUAGAGUAUAAAGAGGUUGGUCAGUACCCGCUCGAAGGGAGCUUUACUUUCAACCUGAACAACGCUCAUGUGUCACGGGAGGCUGUUUCCAUCUGUCCAAACAUACAGACAUGCAAAGGAUGUACGAAUGAAGUCACUACAGUACAUCCACAACCAAAAAGUGAGGCAAAUGUUGGAAUGAUAGCCAUCGGGUUAUUUGGAGUGGCGAUGAUCGCCGUUAUCGUUCUUGUUGUUGUAAUUUUCAUGGUGCGACGAGCUCAUAUCAAAGACAAAGACACGAUCUACUUACACCCAACGACAUCUGAAAGAGACCACACUCAAUCACAUGUGUAUCAACGGGAUAUGCAUUUCAUGCAAGUGCGCCUGGAAGCUGUAGGAAAGUCCCCGGAAACAACCCCGCCACCAUCCCACUGUAAAAAUAGUGGUGUUUUUCAUGACAUAAACUUACACGAAGAUAAUAACAAGACAGAUACGACCCAGAUAUCCAAUAUGUGA